AUGACGAACACGUCUCAAUCAACUUCGAAUGAUCCUUUUGGUGACUACCGGGCUGAAACUGCUGCCAUUGAAGUGACUGUGGCUAUUUUCAUUUCCCUUUCAGCCACGUUCGGUAACUCACUUGUUGUGUAUGUUAUUAGCAAGGUAUCCAGGCUUCGUAAUGACACCAACUUGUUCAUACUUAAUCUGGCAUUGACUGACAUCGCCAUGGGGACGAUCUAUAUGCCAUUCAAGAUUGCCAACCUGUGCACAGGAGUUUGGAAUUUCAGCCAAGUGUGGUGUCAGAUGACUGGAUCAAUUUUGUUCAUUUUGGCUUAUGCUUCCAUAUUCACGAUGGGAUUGAUAGCUUUUAAUCGAUACAUAAAGGUCUUAAAACCGACCCUUUACAGAAAAUUAUUCCCCAGCAAAAGAGCAGCUCGGAUGUAUUGUGUUCUCGUUUGGCUGUUUUCCAUCCUUCUCGAUAUACCUCUUCUUACUAGUUGGGUAAGAUUUUCAUAUGAAGAGAAACUUAAUCAAUGUAAGCUCAUGUCAUAUGCAUACCCAACAUUUACUUGGGCUGUGUUUACUAACGGAGUUAUGAUCGCAAUAUUUUACUGCUACUACAAAAUCUACAAAGCUGUGAAAGAAAGCACGGAUAAUUUGAAUGCACAUGCUGAGGGGAAUGGAGCCCACUCUUCAAAUGAUUCUCGCCGUUCCAACAUCACUGACGUCAAAGUUUCAAAAGUAUGCUUCACCGUAGCUUGUUUUUAUGUGAUAACAUGGUGCCCAGUCUCCAUUGUCGCGGGCACCGGCAUUUCAAGGUUUGCUAUUGGACAAAAGUUCUCUAAAGUAAGUGUUUACUUGAUGUUAUCGGGUAGUGUGGUAAAUCCAUUUAUCUAUGGGUUUAUGAAUCCGCAAUUCAAACAGGCCUUUAAAAGAAUACUCAGCUGUGGUUGCUAUGGUAACGAAAAUACAGAUCAGAGUCAUUCAAGGAAUAGAGUAGGAUAAUAGCGUCUGGUAGAAUCACAAUGAGCAGCGUCGAUGACAAUAGUCAUAUGAAAAGAAUAGUUACGCGGCGGCAACAAUAUUUAUCAGCAGUCUAAGUGAUAAGAAACAUAUCUAGGUGCUGAGGUUUAAACUGCUGUGAAGUCAGUCUUCUUGCUGCUUA